AUGAGUGCAGCUAAGUUAUUUAUUGAUCAUUCAAAGGAGCCAUUACUCGCACCAGCGACCUCCUAUAAGCCAAAUCUGGAACUAUAUGAAAAAGAAUGGGUCCCAAAGAUCAAAGCUUACAAUGAAAAGCUCUCAAAUGCAAUCCCAAAUGAAUAUCUUGCCCCAAGUACUUUAUUACCAGAUGAUUUAGAUGCUACUCCUUUCAAUGCCAUGGGUAUUCCAGCAACAGUUCUAGAUGAAAAAACUCUUACCAUCACUGAAUUAAACGCUUCAGAAAUUGCCCAAAAAAUCGCUGCUAGAGAAUUGACUGCUUCAGAAACCAUUUUGGCAUUCAUCAAAAGAGCUACACUUGCCCAUCAAUUAACCCAUUGUGCCAUGGAGAUUUUAUUUGAUUACGGUAUUAAAAGAGCUAAGGUGUUGGAUGAAUAUCAGGCAAAAACAGGACACACAGUUGGUCCACUUCAUGGUGUUCCACUAUCCUUGAAAGAACAUUAUGAAUUUGAAGGUCAUGUUACACAUGCUGGCUAUGUGUCAUUGCUAGACAAUGUUUCGGAGAAAUUUUCAUUGACUAGUCAACUAUUGUAUGAUUCUGGUGCUGUAUUUUACAUUAGAACUACUGAACCACAAUCGUUAAUGCAUAUGGAUAGCAUCAACAACAUCACAGGUCGUGGCAGAAACCCACACAAGACAACAAUGAGUCCUGGUGGAUCAUCAUCUGGUGAAGGUGCAAUCAUUGCAAUGAAAGGUUCACCAUUGGGACUUGGUUCUGAUAUUGGAGGUUCCAUUAGAGGUCCUGCUGCUUUUAAUGGGGUUUGGGGCUUGAAACCUUCAUCAAAGAGAAUCUCUUUAAUUGGUUCAAUUUCAGCUCGAGAAGAUACAACUUGUGAAGCCAUCCAAGCGGUGUUGGGUCCUUUGAGUAAUUCCGUUGAUGAUCUGGAAUUGUUUAUGAAAUCCUAUUUAGCUCAAAGGCCUUGGGAAUUAGACCAACAAUUGUUUCCACUCCCAUGGAAAGAAGUUCCAACCCCAAGAGCAUCUGAUUUAACUAUUGGCUUUGUCUAUGAUGAUGGGGUUGUUAAACCACAUCCACCCGUUAUACGUGCAUUGAAAGAAGUCGAAGAAAAACUUAAGGCUGCUGGUGUCCACAUCAUUAAAUGGGACCCACAUAGAGUUUAUGAUGCUGUUGAAAUUGCUAAUGCUGCCUAUUCAUCUGAUGGUAAUUCUGCUGUCUUUGAUAGAUUAGAAAAAUCUGGUGAACCAUUAGCUCCAUUGAGUGAACAUUACUUACAAAUUGGUAAAGGUGAUAAAGGUUUGAGUUCUAUGGAACUGCAAUAUUACACUCAUUCUAGAGAGGUUUUGCGUCAAGAGUAUUUGAAGCUGUUCAAUAAAAGAGGAGUUGAUUUUUUGAUUACACCAACAUAUGUUGGUACUGCUCCAAAACCUUCUACUAUCAAGUAUUGGGGUUACACUUCAUUGUGGAACAUUAUGGAUCAAACUUGUGUUACAUUCCCCUCUGGUGUCUUUGGUGAUAAAUCAACUGAUUUCAAAGAUGAAAGCUACAAAGCACGUAAUGUUUACGAAGAACAUGAAUAUGGGAUCUAUGAUCCAGAAGCUUCUGAUGGGUUACCAGUUGGGCUAACUCUUGUUGGUAGACGUUACACUGAAGAAGCUGCUUUGAAAGCCGCCAAGGUUGUAUCUGAUAUCAUAUCCGUUUGA